ACUCUUAUGAAAUUUAUUCAGUGUUGAAGAAGUAAAAAAUGGCUUCUCCUAAAAUAAUUUUCGUUUUAUUAAUGGUUUCAAUAUUUCAAUCAACUUAUUCUUUACCUGUUUUUUUCGCUUUACCUAUUGAAAGCAACCCUACAGUUCCUUGGGCCAACGUUCCAUUCACAGUAAUUCCAUAUGGUGCACCAACAUACCAACGAAGUGUAUUACCAGCAAAUAGUCACGCAAUUCCAGUUUUAUCGCCAAUUUCAGAUCAAUUUCAUGUAAAACCAAAAGAAAAUCAUAAAGUUCAAUUUCUAAUACCUGUAGGUUAUGAUUGUAACUUAUUAUCGAGUUUGAAAUAAUUUGAACUACUUUUUAUCUUGCAAUAAAUAAUUAAUGUCGCAAUACACUCCAAUUUGUGAGAUAAAUUAAGCGGAAUUAAUAAUAACUAAAGUACGUCUUGUAAUAUAGAUAUAAUUUAUUGAUUUUGCGGUUGCUUAAUAAUUCUCUUCGAUGCUAAAUAUAAUUUCAAUUUAAAUAUGUAUGCGUUCUCGGCAAAUAUCAAAUAUGGUAGAAACGUAGGAAUCAUGGACAUGUUCGAGAUAGGGGUAAUUAAAAUUUAAUAUUUCGAGCUGCGAGUCCGAAUCGAAUUAUUUUCUGGUGGUGAGUUGAAUUGCUAAAUUAAACACGUUUAUGUUGCCCACACUUCAUUUUAAUUCUAUUUCGUCGACGUCAACUCAAAAAUAGCUUUGUUUAAGUUUUAAAUAAAACUU